AUGAGCAGCUCUGACCUCAACGAGUCGGAGGACAGUGACGGACUAUGGGAUUCUCCUUCUAUAACACCACGAGCAGCGAGAGGGACACGCGCUCAGGCCUUAAAAUCCUUACGCACAUCACUUUCAGAUUCCUCGAUCGAAUCGUACAGGCAACUUCUGGACCAGACAUUCAAGGACAAACCUGACAGCAGGGAAGACAAGUUCAAUACAACGCAGGACGGAGUUGUGGUCUGGACUCCACAGGAGAAACGGAUCCUCUUCGAUGUCUUGGACAAGAAAGGGCGAGAUGGUAUCCGGGGAAUUUCUGCAUCAAUCGGGUCCAAAUCGGAGCUUGAAAUCCUGGAGUUCAUUAGGCUUCUCCAGAAAGGUGUGCGGCGGCAGCAUUUUAACGAUACUCAUUCCAGAACAGCUAUCCUAGGCGAGAUCCCAGCUGCAGCUGAAAUCGGCGAAGAAUGUUGUGACUCACUUGACGAGUAUGCUGAAUUGCUUUGCUUGGAAGAACAGAGGGAGGAAGAUAGUGCUGGUAAAGAAAGGCACAAGGAUCUGUGGAUCAUCAACGAGGAGGUUGCAGCAAGGCUAGAGGCAGAUAAUGCCGAUAAUGAAAGCAAUACGAAUCUAUCAGAGACGCAUCAGGACCUCGCAGUCAAGGUAAACAAGUUGCCGGAUGAAAACUUCACAUCUAACCUCAACGUCGACUCCGCGGCUGCAUUUUUCAAAAUGACAAAAUGGAUUCUACUUUCAGAACGCUUUUUUAUGAAUUUUGGUGGCCAGAGGUUGGAAGACAACUGGGUCAAUGUAGCCUUCAAAGGCGAAACCCCGUCGAUGACGGCUGAUGUUCUAUCCGAUUUCUAUAAAAUCGCUCUCGCUGUAACUCGCCGUCUGAUCCAUGCAACGCAUUUCUUUGCCUCGUCACGAGUAAUUAAGAGCGGGAAGGCGAGCCGUCCUUCAGCAACAGUUGUGAGAUCCUUCGAUGUCAGAAGGGCGGCCCGUACGCUCGAUAUGCAGACUGAGAGUUCCGAGUUUUGGGUGGGGUUAGCACGGCGUUGCAGUCUCGAUGUCGAGGAUAGACGCCAUAGGAAGGGCUGGGAUCCUAUUCCUUUAGAUUAUGAUGAAGUCGAAUCCUUACUCUCCCAGAAAGCGUUGCCCCAAGAACCUUACGGAGGGAUCUCACCAAACUCAAGUCCAAAGCCAGGAAAGGACGUUAACAAUAUCCCCAACAAUCAUUCAUCAGAGUUCGUCGAUGAAGAGUCAAGUUAUUCUGAAGACGAGCAUGCCGAAGCACUCGAUCAGCGACACAAUUCAGCCGAAGAGCUGCUAUGCUGGACCAGAAUGGGUCAGUCACCUCCAGCAAUCCUAAAAGGCGAAUUCCCAGGCAAUCAAAUCCCUACGAGGCCAUCAGGCAAACGGAAAACAACAGAAGAGCUAGCCGACUGGCGCGACCGAACUCUAUAUCGGAGCGAAUGGGAAGAGUACGGUUAUGAGACCGAAAAAAUAGACCGCGAAUUCAAAAACCAGCACAAGAUGCGCCGAUUGAUGGGCCAUUUUCGUCCAAUUUCCGAAGCCAAUUCUCGAGACAUCAACUGGAAAUCCUCAGAUCGGGAAGCCGAAGGAGGGGGGGAAGAAGAAGCAGUCACAGCCAAUACCGAAUUAGACUAUCAAUCCGACGCCACCGACCCUGAGUUCCGACCAGGAUCCCCGGACCGUGGGCAAAAGGCCAAGUCGAAGUUCAUCUCGCGGACAAGCUCUCGCAAACGCACGCCUGUUUCGUAUGCGCCGCCACCGCUGAUUGACUUUGAUAUGGAGAUGGAAGUCGACUCGGAAUCGAAUGAUGAACACCCAGACCCAGACAAUCAACAAGGCCCGGGGCCAGUCAUCCAGCAAGAGGGAUCUGAGGAUAAAGAUCAGGGAGAAGAGCGCAUGUUUUCUGACUCGGGCGACAAUCUCCGCAGUCCUCAGGAAAGCAAUGUUUCAUCAAAGGCAGAGGACGACAGCGACGACCAGGAUGAGCGCCUUUUCCUAUCUACUCGGCCAAGCCCAUUCGACUCGCAGUCAGAUUGA